AGUCUUAAUUAGUCUUAAUUUUUCUAGCCUCCCCAUAUUCCUCCUUUUAAAUUCCUCCUCCAAGUUAGCCAUGAAUUGAGGCAGAUCACUUUGUUAUUGGUGCAAGAAAGAAAGUGAUGGAGGGAAAGGUUAAGGCAGUAUCAAAGGAGUUAAACAAUAAUGGAAUUCAUUUUGAAACAAAAUUGCAGCAGGAAGAAGAAUCAGUAACACAGGAUAUCCAAGUACAAUGCGAUGACAAAAUCAGUGAAGAAGAGAAGAACAAGAUUCGCCUUAUGAGAGCUCUUGUCGAAAAGCAAGAUCCUUCAUCCAAGGAAGUAGAUGAUUUUGAGAUAAGAAGGUUUCUUCAUGCUAUGGAUCUGGACGUGGACAAAGCUUCGGCAAUGUUGUUGAAAUGCCUUAAAUGGAAGAAACACAUUGCACCAAAUGGUUCUAUUUCAGCGAGUGAGGCUCCAAAUGAGAUAGCACACAACAAAAUGUUCUUGCAAGGAGUGGACAAACAAGGACGCCCUAUUGCUGUCAUUUUAGGUAGCAGACAUUUUCAGAAUAAACUAGGUGGUCUUGACGAGUUAAAACGAUUUGUGGUCUUGGCUUUAGACAAACUGUGUUCAAGGACCUCACCAGGUAGGGAAAAGUUUGUGGUAAUUGUGGAUCUCCAAGGUUUUGGCUAUGCCAACAGCGAUGCUCGUGCAUACAUUUGGGCUCUAUCCAUUUUACAGGACUGCUACCCUGAAAGACUUGAAAAGAUACUUGGAGUUAAAAUUCCUUACCUAUUCUGGACAUUGUGGAAAAUUGUGUCUCCUUUUAUUGAUAACAAGACCAAAAAGAAGAUCAUGUUUGUGGAAAACAAACGACUAAUGACAACUCUACUUCAAGACAUUGAUGAAAGUCAGCUGCCAGAGAUUUAUGGAGGAAAAAUGCCAUUAGUUCCUAUCCAUGAAGCCUAAGCAAGUAAUUAUUUAGAGCUCCUUUUCGAGGAGUUUCAACCUAAUCGAUAUGGUAAUUACUCUCGAAAAUAAGACAAAGUUUGUAACUGCGAUUAAACAUUUGUAUACAUUAUGCAUUCAUAAAUACUUAGCUUUUACAUAAAAGAGAAUUGAAUUAUUCUCCCCUAACGUUAUGAUGUAAUCAGUAGCAAAGCCAGAAUAUUUCCUAAGGGUGUUCAGCCUUGAAAAAAGUAAAAAAAUAUUCUAAUAAAAGGUGUUCAAUAUAUGUUAUAUA